AUGGCGACCGAAAGCGAGAAGCCGACCAUGUCCCAUUCCACCCCAUGGGAGGUGAGAGUGCAAGACCAUCCUGGUUCCAGCGCGGACGAGGUGAAUCAAGAGCCUGAUUGGGAGGCCAACCACUCACAUCGAAUUGGAUUCGUCAAUCAAGAUGACCGGCGUCCGGGACUCACGCACCCACGCGAGGAGUAUGCUGAGGAGAUCGAGGAUGCCCGGAAGCAGCUGGAGGAAAUGAGGAGCAAGGUCGACAUGGGCGAGUUGGUCAACUUUCGCGACAUCAUCCAGUCCCAGCGAGACUUCCACAUCAAGUACCCCGAGGAGAGGCCGCUGGGCUGGCGAUAUGUGUUGAACACGACCGAGGACUGGGUCAAGAACAAAGAACCGUGGCCUGCCAAUUUGCAGCAACACCAGAGGCAGGAGCCGGAGGAGGCCAAGACCAAGAAGGACAAGAACCAGGAGACAGGUGGAGGAAGGGGUGCUCAACCAGGUCAGGCGGUGUUGCGGGAAAGCAUGCCCGAGUUUGAGUGGAGAGCCGAUAACAAGGAGAAACAUCAAGAAGCACGCCAUGUCGAUUCUGAGUCCGGGGAGAAGGAGCGCAGGCAUGAGGGUGCCACCGGGAACGAGCAAACGGGCAGCGCCAACGUCCAUUUUACACCGCAGGAACUCUCCCUCCUCCACAGUCUCGAACACGACAAGGACGUCGUCUCCCAAUUCAAACAGCACGAUGGCAAGGGCAAAUCUCCCCAGACCCACAAUCGCACCUCCAUCGCCAUCGACGAGCAAGACCAAUACACCCCCGACAAUUGGCUCCCACGAUGUCCCGACCUCAUCCGCAUCGGCGGCAAGCACCCCAUGAACGCCGAGCCUCCACUCUCCCGUCUGUUUGAUGGCGGAUUGAUCACUCCCAACGAGCUGCACUAUGUGCGCAACCACGGCCCCGUCCCGCGUCUGAUGUGGGAAUUCCACAAGCUCGACAUCGAAUAUGGCGGCAGAAAGCUCUCGUUGAGCAUGAACGAGCUCAAGAGCCGCUACCGCGAGUCCGUCAUCAACAUCCCCAUCACCAUGGCCUGCACUGGCAACAGACGCAAGGAGCUGAACCUGAUCCGCAAGAGCAAGGGCCUGAAUAACGGCGCUGCCACUGUCGGUACGGCGUACUGGAAGGGACCCCUCCUCCGCGACGUCUUGAUCUCUGCCGGGGUGCCCAAGGAAUUCGGCAAGAGAAAGAACCCCAAGACAAAAGGCAUGCGGCACUGGGUCAACUUUGCCGGCGCAGACAUGCCGAGCGAGGGCCCGUACGAGACCUCCAUUCCCUUCGACUACAUCAUGGAUCCCGCCAACGACGUGAUCCUCGCCAUGGAGAUGAACGAUCUUCCUCUUCCCGCCGACUACGGUUACCCCGUCCGUGUCAUGAUCCCGGGCUACAUCGGUGGCCGAUGCGUCAAGUGGCUUCGUCGAGUAUGGAUCACCUCCGAGGAAAACAAGAGCUACUACCACACUUGGGACAACAGGCUGAUGCCCUCCUUUGUCACCGAGAAGGAUGGCAGGUUUGCAGAGGCCCUGUUCCACAACCCAAGCACCGCCUGUUACGAAAACAACCUCAACUCGGUCAUCGCCAAGCCUGCCCAGGGCGAGACCAUAGCUCUGAGCGACGUUGAGUGUGGCAAGAACUAUCGUCUCGCCGGCUUUGCCUACGAUGGCGGUGGUCGAGAGGUGCAGAGAGUUGAGGUCUCCCUCGACGGUGGAGAGAGCUGGCUCUACGCCACUCGUGAGUUUCCCGAUUCACCCCUUCGACACGGAAACAAGUUCUGGGCUUGGAUCCACUGGCACCUUGAUGUCAACAUCUCACAUCUCGUCCAGGCCAAGAGCAUCGCGGUUCGAGCCUUCAAUGCAUCCAAGAUGACGCAGCCAGAGAAGCCAACCUGGAAUCUCCUGGGCAUGAUGAAUAAUUCCUGGUACAUUGUCAAGCCCGAGAUCUUGACAUCCAGAGGUCAAGGGCCUGCCAUUGCCUUUCAUCAUCCCACCGAGGCUGGCGCUGCCGCUGGUGGCUGGAUGAAGCCAUCGAUGGAAGUGCUAAUGCAAGAAGCCAAGCAGCAGGGAAGCGCACCGGAAAAGCAGUUUACUCGUGAGGAGAUUGAGAAACACAACAAACUGGAAGACUGCUGGUUGGUCAUCGACAACAAGGUGUAUGAUGCUACGACUGUUCUGAACUGGCAUCCUGGUGGCAGAGCCGCCAUCUUAGCGCACGCAGGCAAGUGCCACCAAGAGACCACGAACGAGUUCGUCAGCAUUCACGAUGACUUUGCUUGGAAGAAGCUACAUGAAUGCAUACUCGGCCGCGUUACCAAUAAGACCGCCAACUUCAUCAGAGAGAGCGCAGAAGCAGCAGCAAAGGAGGAAGCAGAGCAAUCCCAGGACCAGAAAGAUCUUGCCCUUCAACGACGACGCUGGAUUCCCGUCAAGCUCGUCAACAGGCGGCAAGUCUCCCCCGAUACAAACACGUAUACGUUCCAGCUUCCCGAAGGAAAGACUGUUCUCGGCCUAGGUACCUGCCAGCAUCUCCAGAUCGGCUUCCACCUCCGAGACAAAAUGCUUAUCCGCCAAUACACUCCCACCCGACCAAUCCUGCCAGCCCAAGACAGCCAGGGCAGUCAGGGUCGUGGUGACGAAUCCUUGGGAAAACAUGAUCACAAGCUACCGAAGCAGCAUGUACACACCAGUGCCCAUCUCCAUCAAGACAAGCAGCACACUUCUCAACAAUCCAAGACCGCAGAAGAAGUGGCCAACUGUUCCCUAAUGGACGGCCAGUCUGGAACCUUUGACUUGACAGUGAAGACCUACUUCCCAUCCCCGUAUCAACCAGGCGGCGCACUAUCCAAUAUCCUCGACUGCCUUCCCCUCGGCUCUGAAGUUGAGAUCCGUGGGCCGACAGGUGACAUCAUUUACCACGGAAACGGCCACUUCUCCAUUGAGGGUCGCGACCGACACUUUUCUCGCGUGUCGCUCGUGCUAGGUGGGAGCGGUAUCACGCCUGGCUACGCAUUGAUGGCCAGGAUUCUUAUGACACCGGGUGACCGGACUGAGAUCAGGGUGGUCGACGCCAACAGGACAGAGCACGACAUCCUCCUAAAACAGGAACUGGACAUCCUCGAGGAAAAGAGCGACGGACAGAUGAAGAUUUGCCAUGUUUUGAGCCAGGCUGGGGAAGGCUGGGAGGGUGAGAGGGGAAAAGUUGAUGCGGGGAUUCUUAAGCGAUGCCUAUUCAAACCAGCGCAUAACAAUGUAGCACUGCUGUGCGGGCCGCCGGGGUUGAUUCAGGGGGUUGUGCUGCCGGCGCUGAUAGGGUAUGUCUCCGCAACCAUUCCACAUUGUUUGAAAACCCCGUUAUAG